GAGAGAGAGAGAGAGACAGAAAACACCGGGCAAAAAGAUACAGAGAAGGAGAUGUGCGUGAAUGAAUUGACAAAUGGAAGAGAAGUUGUGUAGAAUUUGAACAACAGCACAUUUUCGUUAAGGAGCCGAGUCAAACCUGUGAAAUAUCUCAGCGGCUUCACAGGAACAAUAUCAGACAGCAUUCGACUCAGAGUCACACCAGGGGAGAGCAGCGAGAAGGUUUGAAGCUCACUCACAGAGGGAGAGUUUCACACGGAGUGAGAAGGUGGCUCUGAGGCAGUAGGAUUGACGGAGGGGAUCCACUAAAAACCAACAUGGAUUUCGAGAAACUGCCAAAGAUUUGCAACGAGGAACGAGAGAGCAUGUUUGGAUAUGUCCAUGGAGUCUCAGGGCCAGUUGUCUUGGCAUCCAAUAUGGCUGGAGCUGCUAUGUACGAGUUGGUGAGGGUUGGACACAGCGAGCUGGUCGGUGAGAUUAUCCGACUCGAGGGAGACAUGGCAACAAUCCAAGUCUAUGAGGAGACCUCUGGUGUGUCUGUCGGGGAUCCAGUCCUGCGGACCGAGAACCCCCUGUCGGUGGAACUGGGGCCAGGAAUCAUGGGAUCCAUUUUCGACGGGAUCCAAAGGCCCCUUUAUGACAUCCGGCAGUUGACUGAGAGCAUCUACAUCCCGAGGGGAGUCAACAUCACCCCACUGCCCAGCCAUGUCAAGUGGGAAUUCACCCCAGAGCCUCACAUCAAGGUAGGGAGUCACGUCACAGGGGGAGAUGUGUACGGCUCAGUUCUGGAGAACUCUUUAAUAAAACACAAGAUCCUGGUGCCCCCCAAGAGCAGAGGGACAGUGACCUUUAUCGCUGCAGCUGGUCACUAUGACACGACUGAGGUGCUCUUGGAGCUGGACUUGGAAGGGCUAAAGGAGCAGCUGACCAUGGUCCAGGUCUGGCCAGUGAGACAAGUGAGGCCAGUGUCUGAGAAACUAAUAUCUAACCAUCCCCUGCUGACUGGGCAGCGGGUCCUCGAUGCCCUGUUCCCGUGCGUUCUGGGAGGGACGACAGCCAUUCCCGGAGCAUUCGGCUGUGGGAAAACCGUCAUCUCCCAGUCGCUAUCGAAGUUCUCCAACAGCGACGUCAUCGUCUACGUGGGCUGUGGGGAGCGAGGUAAUGAGAUGGCCGAGGUUCUGAGGGACUUCCCUGAGCUGACGAUGGUGGUCAACGGGAAGAUGGAGAGUAUAAUGAAGCGGACGGCCCUGGUUGCGAACACAUCCAACAUGCCGGUCGCGGCUCGAGAGGCAUCGAUCUACACUGGGAUUACCUUGUCGGAAUAUUUCCGGGAUAUGGGCUAUAAUGUCAGCAUGAUGGCCGACUCCACCUCUCGCUGGGCUGAAGCACUACGUGAGAUCUCGGGGCGUCUCGCAGAAAUGCCAGCAGAUAGUGGGUAUCCAGCCUACCUGGGGGCUCGGCUGGCAUCGUUCUAUGAGCGAGCCGGUCGGGUGAAGUGCCUGGGGAGCCCUGACAGAGAAGGAAGUGUGAGCAUCGUUGGAGCGGUGUCUCCCCCUGGUGGUGACUUCUCGGAUCCGGUCACCUCCGCGACCCUGGGGAUUGUUCAGGUGUUCUGGGGUCUGGAUAAGAAGUUGGCCCAGCAGAAACACUUCCCGUCUGUAAACUGGCUGAUCAGUUACAGUAAAUACACUCGUGCUCUCGAUGAAUACUACGACAAGCAUUUCUCCGAGUUUGUGUCCCUCCGCACCAAAGCCAAGGAGAUCCUGCAAGAGGAGGAGGAUCUGGCAGAAAUUGUCCAGCUGGUCGGCAAGGCCUCUCUGGCAGAGACAGACAAAGUGACCCUGGAAGUUGCGAAGCUCCUCAAGGAUGACUUCCUCCAGCAGAACGGCCACUCUCCCUACGACAGGUACUGCCCUUUCUAUAAGACGGUGGGGAUACUGCAGAACAUCAUUGGUUUUUAUGAGCUGGCUCGUCAUGCUGUGGAGACGACAGCGCAGACAGAGUGCCGCAUCACCUGGUCGAAUAUCCGGGAAAACCUCAGUGACAUUCUCUACAAGCUCAGCUCCAUGAAGUUCAAGGAUCCCAUCAAGGACGGCGAAGCUAAGAUAAAAGCUGACUACAUCCAGCUGCAUGAGGAGAUGCAGAAUGCUUUCCACAACCUUGAGGAUUGACAGCAGGAGGUCAAAUGUUGGAGCCCCACCACCCCCCUCCCCCUCAUCAGGCACAGAUCACCGGGAGGACAACAUUAAACAGAGAUCCCUUCUCCCUAAAGCCAGUCGCGGGAAUUGUG